UUUGAAACAGAGAAACAAAGCACUAAAAGGGAGGGCCGUGUGUGACACACGGCUGAUUAUGACAUCACUAAUACGCGUCCACAGCCAUUUCUCACCCCAUUAGCUACUCUCUAUCUUCACUUAUAAAAUCCCCCAUACCAAUUUUUUCAACCAUAUUGUAUACCAUCUUUGCCUUCUUCAGAGCCUUAAUAACUGCCUCCUACUCUCUCUGUCUCUAACAAUACCAAUCUGCUAUUUACUUCAAACCCAUCAUGUUGUCCAGGAGUCGAACUCUUCCAAGCAGAAUCCACCAUGGGGCUGUAGAAGAGCGACAUGAUAUCAGGCACUACUUGCAAGUUGAAGCCCAGCCUAAAGCCAAUAGUGAAGCUGAAGCAAUAAUAAAUCCUCAGUCCAACUAUUCCAAGUGCUUCGAUGAUGAUGGCCGUCUCAAAAGAACUGGAACAUUUUGGACGGCCUCAUCGCACAUCAUCACAGCAGUGAUAGGAUCAGGAGUGCUAUCUCUUGCGUGGGCAGUAGCACAGCUUGGUUGGGUUACAGGACCAACUGUCAUGCUCCUUUUUGCCAUUGUCAGUCUCUAUACUUCUAACCUACUGGCUCAGUGCUACAGGGCAGGUGACCCUGUCACGGGCCAGAGAAAUUACACUUACAUGGAUGCUGUCAAGUCCAACUUAGGAGGAAAAAAAGUGGUGCUAUGCGGCUUAAUCCAGUACUUGAAUCUGUUUGGAACUGCCAUUGGCUACACUAUUGCAGCAUCAGUCAGCAUGAUGGCUAUAAAAAGAUCAAACUGUUUUCAUAAAAGUGGAGGCAAAGAUCCAUGCCAUAUGUCAAGCAAUGGCUACAUGAUAACAUUUGGAAUCUCGGAAGUAAUAUUUUCUCAGAUCCAAGAUUUUAGUCAUGUAUCGUGGCUCUCCAUUGUUGCAGCUAUUAUGUCCUUCACGUACUCCACUGUGGGUCUCAGUCUUGGCAUAGGCAAAGUUGCAGGAAAUGGAACCAUCAAAGGAAGCCUGCUGGGUAUCAGCAUAGGAACAGUAACUAAGGCAGGAACAGUCACUCCAACACAGAAGAUGUGGAGGAGUAUGCAAGCACUGGGAGCUAUUGCCUUUGCAUACUCAUUUUCCUUGGUCCUUGUUGAAAUUCAGGACACAAUAAAAUCUCCUCCAGCUGAACAUAAAACAAUGAAGAAGGCAACUUUAUUCAGUGUGGUUGUCACUACAGUGUUCUACAUGCUCUGUGGAUGCUUUGGCUAUGCAGCUUUUGGCGAUGAUUCACCAGGAAACCUCCUGACCGGCUUUGGAUUCUACAACCCCUACUGGCUGCUUGACAUUGCUAAUGUUGCAAUUGUUGUUCACCUCAUCGGUGCAUACCAGGUGUACUGCCAGCCAUUGUUUGCGUUUGUGGAGAAAUGGAGUGCUCAGAAAUGGCCAAAAAGGGACUUCAUAACGGCGGAAUAUGAAAUACCAAUUCCCUUAUGCGGCGUCUACCAAUUCAACUUCUUCAGGUUGGUAUGGAGGACAGUGUUUGUAAUUAUGACGACCCUCAUAGCCAUGCUCUUGCCUUUCUUCAAUGAUGUGGUUGGAAUAAUUGGAGCUUUUGGAUUCUGGCCUCUGACUGUAUAUUUCCCAGUGGAGAUGUACAUUUCACAGAAGAAGAUUGCGAGAUGGAGUAGCAGAUGGGUUGGUCUUCAAAUAAUUAGUAUUACUUGUCUUGCUAUUUCCAUAGCAGCUGCUGUUGGGUCUUUUGCUGGUGUUGCUCUGGAUCUUAAAACUUAUAAGCCUUUCAAAACUAGUUAUUGAGGGAAACCCCCAUUUAUGUAUUCGAAAGCUUUAUACCUAAAUAGAAUUUAAUGGAAUUUCACUAAAUAAGAUGUGUUAAUUAUCGUAAAA